AUGUCGGGAGAGGGAUUUAAUUUCAUGGAGGUGAUAAGAAACUACCAGCAAAUGGACUCGGAAGUAGAGCGUCAAGACAGGUAUUUAAGAACAUUCGGUCUCCAGCGCGUUUCCAUCAUGGGCGAUGGAAAUUGUUUGUUUCGUGCUGUAAGUUUCUCACUUUACGGUCACCAGAAUAAUCAUGCAUACUUAAGAAAUUUAGCAGUAGAUACUUUAAGAGCUAAUAUUGCAGAAUUUUCAGAUUACUUUUUAUCAGAUAGAGGAACUGCAUUGGAACAAAUUAACAGAUUGGGUCAACCAAAUACUUAUGCAGGACAGGAAUGUAUAUAUGCACUGGCAAAGGCUCUCAACAUUAAUAUUUUGGUUACAUUUGGUGGAGAUGAUUCCUCAUCUGAAGUUAUUAUAAUGGAAAACUCUUUCACAGGUACUGCAAACCAGAACCACAUACAUAUCAUUUGGAGGCGGUUUGGUGGAGGUCAUUAUGAGGCAGUGUCAGAUGUAGGAAGAGAUCAGGUUUCUGAUCCACUAGUGUAUCCUUUUGUUAGCAGUCAGGAUAAUCUCCACACAAAGCCAUGGAAUACAAGUACACCAUUUUUAAAGAAAGUUGAAAUCCCAAGCAACAGCCACAAAAGUUAUGACACUAGCUCCAAUAGUAUAAGAGAUUUAGAAGAUUUGCAAGGUUGA